AUGUCUUCGUCAGACUCUGCUGAUCACAUGAUGCGUUUUACUGAACGUAUUGCUUUUUAUGCUUUUUAUGCUUUUAUAAACUUUAAAGAUAACAUUUCCAAGUGGGAGGAACGUCUAUGCACAAAGAGUGGAAGAAAGUUUUUCAAACCUAAAGUCAGUGGAUCUAUUACACCUGCUGUUGGAAUGUUUUUUAAGUCAUUUGAUGAGGCUUUUGCAUUUUAUAAGAGAUAUGCACUUGCUGUAGGUUUUUCUGCAAGAAAAAAUACUUCUUGGAAAAAUGUUGGUGGUUUAGUGACAAUAAGCAUUCAAUAUUAUGAAAACAUGUAUGGUGGUUUUGGUGAAGUUGGUGCUAGUAAAGUUGAUUGUAAGAAUUAUAGAAGGGAUUUGAAUCUUUACAUCGGAGAGUAUGAUGCUGAAAUGGUAGUUAGGCGUCUUAUUAGGAAGGAAGAAUGUUGUCCUGGUUUCACAUGUGAUUAUGUUAUUGGUGAAGAUAGAAGAUUGAAAGGGCUUUUCUGGGCUGAUGAGCAAUCAAAAAAAAUUAUACAGUGUUUGGUGACAUAUUUGGUUUUGAUGCUACUUAUAAAUCAAACAAGUAUGAUUUGGUUUUUGUACUAUUUACUGGUUGGUCCUGUUUUGUCAGCAAACACUGAUUUUAAUACAAGAAUGACUCAUGUUGUUUGGAAUGAUACUAUUAUUCCAGAAGAUUUUGAAACUGAGUGGCAUUCAAUAAUGUCUACUUUUGGAUUGGAAAAUCAUGAGUGGUUAAAAGAUAUGUACGAUCUUCGAUUUGAUUGGAUUCCUGCUUAUUACCAAGGAGAGGAUUUGGCUGGACUUAUGCGUACUACGUCAAGAUGUGAAAGCGAGAAUUACUUCUUUGGUCAGAUUUGCAAUCCAAGAUGUACACUUGUUGAAUUUUUCACUCAUUUUGAGACUGCAAUGGAUAUUCAAAGACAUGAGCAUAGGAGGAAUGAUCAUGAUACAAGGUAUAUUCAGUGUAAACCCUGGAGUGACUUUGUGCAAUACAACAAACAAGAAGAUGGUUUAAGUAUAAGUUGUUCUUGCAAACGGUUUGAACAAUUUGGUAUAUUGUGCCGCCAUACAUUUUACGUAUUACGGUAUGAAGAUAUAAGUGAGUUUCCUAGAAGAUAUGUUCAUAGAAGAUGGAUGAGAGAUGUUGUUUCAGUUGGAUCAAAUCAUUCCAAUAUUCGGUUUGAUGAAAUUGGUAGGAAUAGUGCAAUUGAUAAAGUUUAUAGAGAAAUUGUUGUUGCAAAUGAGUAUGUGAUUAAUAGGCUGGUUGGCGAUUUAGAUGAACUGUGUCGUUACAGGGAUCAUAUUAAAAGUUAUAUUGAUAAAGCGGAUGAGGUUAUGGUUGCUGCGCCGCCUCCUAGUCGCAAAGAAAGAUUUGCUGAUAUUGGAGGGAACUUAGAAAAAUCAGAUUCUAUGAUUCGUGUCCCGAUAAAAAUAAAGACCAAAGGAUGCGGUGUUCAAAAAAGGAUCAAGUCUAAUCGUGAGAUUGCAAUUCAGAAAUCAUCAAAGAUCCAGAAAUCGUGCCGUGUAUGUGGUGGAAAAGGACAUAACAGUCGCACAUGUAAAGAUAAGGUUUCUUCUAAUGCUAUAGGUUCUAGCAAUGGAAUGUAA